AGUCGUCAAAACAUUAAUGGCCUUGAAACGUUUGUCAAGUUUGACGUUAUUUUAUGCGUUUGCCACUCACAGCUGUCAGAGUGUAUUUGUUUGAGGUGUAUUAUAGCGUUCGUUGGACAUGUCAUCAGUACUCGAAAAUGCCUAUUUGCGGCAUAGGCUGAGACAAAUGGAUCAGCUGUAUCCGGAACCUUCAACAUUUGGGCACUGUGACUGCACAUCAUAUUCUUACUUUGCUCUCUCGUUAGUCCUGUUUGUGAUGGGGGCCGUAAUAACGGUGCUAGCUCUCGGAGACGCCGACGGGUACCUAUUUUCUAACUUAGGUCACAUGUGGCUCGUCGGGCCAAUUUUUAUUUGCUCUGGACUCAUGAUUGCAGUGAAAAGUAUUUUAUAUCUCAGAAGAAAAAGUGUCAUCCAGAUGUUACUGCGGCAGCGAGCACUGUUAAGGGGACUACAGGAGUUAGCCCAGCAGUCAAGAAGUCAACAAUCAGGCUGUGUAAUACGCAACCCAAGCACUGUCACAUUGCCACCAACAUAUGAAGCCCUCAUGGGUACUACUGAAUCACAUGGUGGUAGCACCUCAACAGAAGCACCUCCACCUACAUACGAGGAAGCAAUGUUCCUCAUGGGUGAUGAAAAGCUGUGUGUUGUGCUUGAUGAUCCCAAAUAUCCUACUACUUCCAGCUCGCACCAGAGGAAAGGCUCUCAGUCUACCUCAAGGAGUCAAAAACCUGGUGAUGCAGCAGGUGCAGACUAAGAUUGUGAAUAGAUUUUUAUUCAUACCAUGUUAGCCAUUGUGGUUAUCAGUGCUGUAGUGUCUUAAAAGAUUUUAAGACAAGGGUAGGUGGUGUCAAGAAUGAGACGACUGUUCAACUUGGAAACAUUUUAUGACAUUUUUGCUAGUAUUUUUGCACUACAAGUGUUUAAACACAAUGGAAACAUAUCCUGUGAUGGAAUACAUUUUUUCUACAGUAUUUUGAAGUAAUAGUAAUGGUAAUAUUUAUUUACUGCACAAGAUUUGGCAACUGGAAAUCUGUAGCUCUCUAUUGGAGUAGUCAUUUACAUAACACUGUGAAGGUGGUAUUACAGUUAAUUAGUUUUUAAAGUAUCUACAACUUUUAUGAGGGAUGCAUUUUCUUCAUUAGAGUGCUUAAUACUGCUGUCUUCACUAAUGUAAAAUAACAUAGGUAUCUAUGAGAAUGCCUUUAUAGUGGGAUUGAAAAAAAAUAGUGUCAUUAUGUCCGUAAUAGCAGUUACUAUUGCAUUUCAGAUAUUGAAAAUGAAGUGAGGGAGAAUUUAGGUACAGUGCUGUACCUGUAUCCUGUGAGUGGAAAAUGGUAUCCCUGUUCAAACUGUGUUGAGAGACUACAAGCUUCUGAGAUAAUCAGAAUAAGAGCAGGCUUUGUAAUAAGUAAGUAAAAAAAAUGUAAACAGUGAUUCUCUUACUUGAGGUGCCAAACCUAUUAAAAUUAGUAGUUUUGGGGCAAUUGCUGGUAACCACUUCUAUUCUUAUUUUCAGCAAUUCAGAAUGACCAGAGUUGAAAAUGGAUUCAGAUGUCAUUACAUUUGAAUGCAUAUAUCUAAAUUCUGGAAUAUUUCUUUAGUAUCAAUGUUAAUAGAUUUAGUUAUUUAGUGUAUAAUGUCAUAUUUUUGAUAGAUGUUACAGGUGUGCUGUUAAUCAUUAAAUCAGGAGAGGUACAUGACAAGAGAUAUUUUGAAAUAGUUCGCUGUUCUCAAAUUUGAUUCAUGGCCUUUUGUUACUUUAACCUUCACUGGCUGAUAGACAGACGUGUAAAAUAUUAAUUUCUUUAUGUCUGUGGAAACUGUUCUCUCCCUCUCUCAAAUACACUUUGAAAAGUAAGGUCUGUGAUGCACUACAAAAGUCAGCUGCAAAUAUCCAUGAUUUUGCUUUGUGCGUAUUCAAAUUAAGCAAUAUUUUCUUUGUAAAUUAAAUGACAAGUAAAUUUCUUAAAUUCUAAAUAAUCAUAUAUUUCUUGAAAAUAACAUCAGGCAAACACAGUUUUCCUUUCUUUUUACCUCUCUAAAAUAUAUAACAUGGGAGAUAAUACUGUUGGAAAAUUGUUGUUAUGAUUUUGGUGGUAGUGUCAGGAAUCAGUCUCUUAUAUUGUAAACUGUUUCUCUAGAAAUUUUGUGGCCCAUUUUGUGCUCUUUUCCUAGUGUUAUAUCUCAACUAUCUCAGAGAAAAGUCAACAUACUUCACUUCAGGCAUGAGAAGCUUCUCUUUAUUUUUGACUGAUCUAUUGAUGCAACACAUUCUUGUUGCACUAAUUUCUUGAAAUUUAAUCUGAGUGUUGUUUUGUCUGCUUUAAAUAAAAACUAUUUACAGAAUUAUAUGGGUAUAGUACACUUAUUAUACAGCUGUGUCCAUUGUUAUUCAAAAGUUUAGCUAUGAAGUGCCUAGAAAUGUGCACAUGAAAUAAAGUACAGUGAAGGUUAUUUGAAAAUUCAGUUGUAUUGGGGCUAUCCAUUCUGAUUUUAUAUAUAUUGGCAAUAUCUUUAUGACAGUUUUAUAGACAAUAGUUUGGUGCACCUAACAAGAGAAUUACUGUAUAAUUUAAGUCAUUCUAUACAGCCUAUAUAAUUUGAUUCAUGCUUGGCUGUCUAAUCUUGUACAAGGUAUGCACAAAACUUAAUAAUCAAAAUUCUACUGACCUCAUCUUGCUACAAACAAAGUGACUAUAGGAAGGUAAAGAUAAAUUUACAAAAAAUUAGGAAACUUUAAAAUGCUAUUUGGACUAAAGUGAUGGAUAGGCAUGUGCCGUGUCUGAAAAAUUAAUAGGCUGUAAGUAUCAGUAAGAUUCUAAAAACAGCAGCAACUUGAAUUGGUGGGUAACAAUUUUGCAUUUUGAGGUACGUAAUGAUGAUCUUGCUGGUUCAGAUGGUAUACCUAUUUUAUUGUUGUGAGAUUUUUUUCAAAAAAAAAAAAAAGUCUUGUAGUAGCAUAAUGACUUUUCAGUAUAUUUUGUUGUCAGUUAUACCACUCAAAAUAUCUUGUGCAGCCUUUGAACGCUAUUGUAUUGGCUAUGAGCUGUUAAUUAUUGUCUAACUUGCCAUACAGUGAUAUGUUGUGUUUCUUUUCUUAUUUACAUACAUUGGGAUGGUUGGCAUGAACCAACUUCCUGAAAAUAAAGGUUGAAGUAAGAUAAAUAAUAAUGCAGUAAAUAUGUGUAAUGUAUUUGGGUUACCUUCUGUGUUUGUAUCUUGAGCUUGGAGUGAUUUACACUUCACUGGCUUGUGUUUUGUCAUUGUUCUCCCACUCAAAUUCUGAGAUUAUUUCUUUCAUUGUAAAAAUAAAGUUUUUUCCAGCAUCAGCCUGUAUGUGACCUGUAAUUUUAGCUAAUGUGGCAAUAAUCGAUUGCAUCAUAAUUUGAACAUUCAGUGUGACAGCUAUUUCCACUUAAUUUUUAUAUUUUCAUUUACUAGAUGAAGUUCACAUAAAUACUGAUUUAAUUGCCCGUUAUGCUGCUGAAUUUAAUUUAAUUCAGUUGUUUCUCUUCACCAUUCCCAGUUGUAAAUAUGAUGGAUACAGGGUGUGAUGUUUGUAUUGAUGUUUGUUUUUGUUAGAAAAUGAACUGUGUACCUUCACGAGAGGAAUCAUU